AUGGAAAAAUUGCCACUCACAAGUGUGAAGCUCUCUUUUUCACAUAUAACGCCGGUCUUUAGUCCGCCAGAUCCUCCAGAGGUGCCCCCGCCGCCCGCUCCCGCGGAUCCCCCGCCAGCCCCCCCACCUCCGGUGCAAGAACCGCCAACCCCACCACCAGAGCCAGCGCCACAAUUGCCGCCAACCCCACCGCCAGGAGUGCCACCUACGCCUAUCAGUCCUGCACCACUGGUACUGCCGCCAGCAGGUACCACUUCACAGAGCGCGCACGACGUCAUCAUCAUCGCCGUCUUCUUCUCCCUCGGCGGCCUUUUAUUCCUAGCGUUCUUCACGGCGGCUCUGAUUUGCUACGUCAGGAAGGCAAAGAAGAAGAUGGCCGCCAAAAGACAAGCUGUGGAUGUCCACCAGGCUGCAGUUCGAGGACCCCAUCGCCAACAACCGGCAGCCCCGACGGCGAUCGACGACGAUAACGAAAUCCAUGAGCUGAUGGAGGAGGGCCGGGUGAUCGGUGAAACCUCACUCAGAGAGCCUGCGAGGGAUGCAAUAUUCGAGCAGUGGGGCCGGCGGCGCUAG